AUGGCGGGAGAACUCGUUGAUUUGCGAUUGGAAUUACAGUCACUGUUAUCAAAACUUCUACGAGACGAUAUUAGUGACAGUCAGCUAAGCAACCUGAUUGAUUUAUCUCGACAUGGAAUCAGCAAAGUGUUGGAAAGACUUUUGAAUUAUCUUGAGAAAGCUCAUGAUGUGGAGAAAUGUUUAACUGAGCUACCUGAUAUUGGACAGUUGUUAGGAAGAUUAUGUGGAAAUCAUGCUGUACGAGGAAAUAAGCUGUUGUACCAAUCUACAAUGAAGUGUGUCUUGUCAGUGUAUCGAAUAGAGCCGUCAUCACCCCUAGAACAGAAAGCGAAGGAUUGGGCACUGGCACAGUUACAAAGCACUUUGAAGAAAAAGCCAAAUCACACCUUUCCUAUCUGUAGUCUGGGAAUUUCCCAUACUAAAGUUACUGAACAUUACAUUGAAAAGUUGUCAACUAGAGUGUUACCAGCCCUGAAGGAACGCAUUGGUGAGGUUCGUGUGAAAUGUUUAGAAAAUGGCACUCAUAUACCGGGUGAGGUGUAUACAGAUGGGGCUGCUUUACAACAGAUUGUAGACCUACUGUUAUCAGUACCACAGUCAGAUGAGUAUCUGGACAUAUGGACAGAUGUUUUGUGGAUCCUGUCUGUCUUUGGACCUGAGGUACCAUGGGUGCAGGACAUUUAUCAGAAGAUCACAUCAAAUCUUCAUCACAGUAAUAUGAAUGAUGAAAAUGGCAAUAUUAAAUUAAGUAAGACCGGAUAUAGACUACUUUGGCAGAGUUACCUCCCUUCUUUGGAGUCCACAGUUCUUGACAUUCUUGAUCAGACCUGUAAAGUCAGACUGCCUUCUUCCGUAAAGCAUGUACUCAGAAAAAAAUUUCUUCUAGAGAUAUGCUCAGAAGAACCUCUGUUGUUGAAGAUUGUUUGUCAGAUGCUACAAGAACUGAUGAGGCAUGCAGGAGCUAACAGUGAGAUUGUGUGGGUUAUAGCAGUCUUUUAUCAACUUCUUCAAGAGCAAUGCUUUCUGGCUGGGAAUUAUAACUUUCCAAUGUUAGCUUUGUAUCCCAAACAUUUGAAUGUGAUUUCAGCAAUACUUUCUGGAUUUCAAACUGAUGAAGAUGUGGAUAUGUGUGCAGACACUGUGUGUAGAAUUGUUGCCUGUUUAGAAGACCAGCAACAGUUGUUAGGUGGACGAGUAACAUUACACAACGGCAUGUUAUAUCACCGACACUUGUAUCUGAUGACGAUCAGAAUCUGUCUGUGCUGCCAUAAAAAGUUUGUAGAGGGAUGUUCUUCAUUGCUGUCUUGGAUUUUGGAUCCAGUUCAAAGGGAAAUUCAAAGGGAGACAAAACUAAUAUUAAACCGCUGUAUUCAGGCUUUGCGGUCUCUGAUGACCAAAGUCAGUUUGGAGGAUACAGACCUACUGUAUGUGAUAGAGACAGAACAAAACACAUCUGAUGCAAUAAAGACAGUCAUUGGUCACCUAGUUAUGAUGUUUCUAUAUAAAGCCAGUGCUGGAAUGCAUGUCUUUAAGAAGGUUCUUUCAAAGGUAUCGCUGGCAGAAACUCCUUUAGAUAAACUGGUAUACAUGAUGAUAGCCCAAGAGGAACUGGAUGUUAGGCUUACAGACUGGUCACCAUGCCGACAGAAAAAAUACUGUAACAUAGUACAAGAGUAUUUACACCAGGCGUCUUGUGAUAAUUUAAACACUGUUUCUGGAGAAAUCUCUAUGGCAACAACAAAAUUUCUUCAAAAGUACUGCACAAAGUUAUAA